CCGGAUCUUUUGGGAAAAAAGAGCUUUCUGUGAUCCAAAAGGUGCGGUUUUUUUUUCUCUUCCCUAAAGUGGAACAUGACGUUGCUACGCACAUUAAGGUCCAAAGGCUGGAUCCUUGCCAUUGUCGUGUUCAUCUUUUUAUACCUCUUUACCUCGUUUCGUCACACGUCGCCAUCCCCAUCUAAAACACACGACACGACUUCAUCAGAACCACCCCAGGUCCCGCCAAUAGACCGACGUUUUCGUCGCAUCAAUAAAAGUCGACAAGCGCAACUCACAUCGGCCCUCGCUCACAUUCGAACGGGCUACGUAGCCAAUCGAACGCCUGAUUACGAUACGCCGCCGUUACUUGUACUUUACCGCUGCACGGAUGAUGCCGCCCAAUGUGGCAGUUUCCAGGAUCGGCUAUUGUCCAUCGCCAGUGCGUAUUUCUUCGCCAUGUUCUGGGAUGGCGCCGCGUUUGCUUGCCACAUGAGAUCCCCCGUAAGAUUUGAUUGGUAUUUUGAAUCGCUUCCUUCGUACAUGUCCAUGAACACCGACCAAGCCAACUUUUAUCUGGAACGAGCCGAUCCCGCGUCGAUUUUAACCGUGCCCACCAUGCAACGUGAAGCGUUCGCCAAAGACAACUUUGUUGAUACAUAUCGAUCGCAAAACGUGCGCAUCGUUCAAUCCAGUCACUGGGAAGAUUGGAGUAACAUGCAAAAGAAUCCCUCAAUGCAAAAGCAACGAGACAAAUACCAACUGGGACGGUUGGCCACGCAGUCUGAAUGGUUCUGGAUCGUCAGUCAGCUUUUAUUUUCCAAUCCAACGUCAUGGUUAGCCAAGCAGCUGGAACCGCAUCGUGAUCUAAUGGGAGGUUACAUCCAUGCUUCGGAAAGUCUAUCGCCUUACGAUCCAGGAAAAGAGGUUGCUCCUCACAUUCGGCAUUGGCUUCGGGUCGGCGUUCGGGCCACUUCAGGAUCGGACGAAUGUAUGGUGUCGCAUGCGAUCAAUGUGUGUGACCAGGCGGUGGCCUGGAAUAAAGAGUGCCAUAUAUUCUUGUCUGCGCCUUCAUCCGAUGAGUUGAAACGGUUACAAUCGCUGGUGAAUCGUUAUGAGGCCAAGAAAACCUACCGUGUUAUUGUACAUACUGUGUCACAAGAUUACGAAUUUUAUGAUCUGCAUGAAUCAUUGGAAACACGAACAAGCAAUGCGUUAUCCUUUAUUGAAUCCAAGGAAGCCCGCGUAAAACAAGCUUAUGCACGUACAUUUAUGGACUGGCUGAUUCUGACGCGCAUGGACUAUUUGAUUGGCGAGGAACAAGACAUGUAUAUAAAGACGGCAGCAUGGGCAGCUCAGGUCCAUACGGAUCUCAGCUCGGUUACACAUGACGAUUGCCGUAUUUCAGCGAUGAAGGAUUGGUAAGUUGGCAUUGACCUCCAAAGGGAAAAAAAAAGACAAAACAAAAAUUACGAUGCCACACUAUUUUUCAACCACACCAUUAAAACCGAUUUCCAUGUGGGUGAAUUUUCCAUAAAAGGUUAUUUUCAAUUUCAUCUUGAACUUUUUUUAUUUCAUCUCCUCUCUCUUGUGUAAAAAAGAAAAAUGAACCUGAAACAAAAGAAAGAACCGACGGCUGCCAAGCCAACGGAGAACUUCACGUAUUGUGUGUGGCGCUGGUGAUUUAUCACUCGCCACGGCAGGCGGAUAUUAAAAAAAAAGCAUAAAAAUAAACGAACAAAAAAGGCGAAUGCCAA